UUCAGACUCAUUACAAUAAUUAUUGUAUGUGUGAUAGGAUGGCAAUAAGCCUUUUGAUUUGGCUGUGAAAAAUGGUCACAUGGCAACAGGUAGUCAUUUAGUGUUGGCAAUACAGCAUGUUGAAGAUGUUGCAUUAGAGAAUGUGUGGAAGCUGCUGCAGUGGGCAUGUAGGAAUGAAGUGGAUGUUGCAACAAAGAUUGCAGAGAAGUUUUGUCAAUCAGUGGAGAAGGAGUCUGGUCGCACUUUACUUCACUUUUCUGCUCAACUUGGUCAUCAUGAGGCAGUCGAGUAUCUGUUGGAGAAGAAGGCCAAUGCAGAUGCUGAAGAUAAGGAUGGCAGGAGGCCACACCAACUGACUGAUGGUGAACUGAGAAGACGACUGAGGAAAGCAAUAGGUGAACAGAAGUAUGCUGCUCUGUUUGCUGAGGGCACAGUGAGACCAGAAAUCAUGAAAUUGUGUUUCAUUGGUUCAGAAGGAGCAGGAAAGACGACACUCAUGGAGGCUCUCAAACGAGGAUUGUUGAAGUGGAUUUUUACUAAGGAGAACAAACCAGAUGAUCCAUAUUGUGAAGAUGAACGCACGAUUGGUAUCAACGUGAUGACAGUCAAAAUUCCAGGAGUGGGUUGGUUGUCACUGUGGGACUAUGCAGGUCAAAAGCAGUUCCACAAAACACACGGCCUUUUCUUUUCUUCAUCCAACUCGUUCUUCAUCCUGCUAGUGAGUCUAGUGAGAGGAAAGGAGCGACGACUGUGCAGUGUUGAGGAGUUGCUAGAAGAGGUUCAGUAUUGGCUCUCAUUUCUCAGAGCCAGUUUGGAUGCAGAGUUUAUACCCACAGUGUUGAUUAAUGCCAGUCGGGGAGAUUGUAAUAGUAAAGGUCAAAGUAUGUUGCAGCGUGUUGUCAAACACGUUCGUGAUCUAUUCAAGGGCAAGAUCAACAUCGUUGAAGAUUGUUUUGUUCUCGACUGCAGGAGGAGCAAAACGCCUGAAAUGAAACAACUGAGGGAAGUUGUUUGUGAUGUGAAAAAGAAGCUUCAGCAGUCUACUCCUCUGUAUCCUCGUCUAUGUCAGCCAGUCGUGUCCAAGUUGCUUCCUUCUCUUCGUAAGAAACAAGAAGAUCCGUUCAUGGAGAAGGCAACAUUGAUGGAGAUGAUUGAGCAGGAAGCAUGUCCAGGACAAGAGGAGAACGUUGUAGAGAAGGUAGUUGAUUUUUUAGAUGAUUCAGGAGAGAUUGCUGUUGCUGGUGAUGUGGCAGCUCUCAUUCCUUCCUCUUUGCAUCAUUUUGCCAUCGGUCCUCUCAUUGCUUCUGAGGAUUUUAAGUGGCAUGUCAGGUCAAAGAGGAAGGAUGGCACAGUAACAAGAGAAGAAGCAGAAACAGCAAUGAAUGAUUACCGAAAAGAUAAGAAGAUUCAAGUUCAACUCAACACAGAUAAAGUUCUCGCUAUAAAUGAAUCUCUUGGUUUCUGCUUUAAAGUGGAAGGCAGAGAUGACACGUACAUGUUUCCAGCUCUCUUGCCUUCUAAGGAUCUGUCUGUCAUGUGGAUGAGAGACGAGAGUAAGAAAGUGUAUGUCGGUCGACGUCAAGUGUGCAGCAGUCAGACGACCAUCUUCAGUCCAUCUGUAUUUGGUAUGUUUCAGUCUAAAGUUUGUGCUACAUUAGAUGGAAACACUCGGCUGUGGAGAGACGGACUGAUCUUGUCUCAAGGUUCAGCUGCUUAUAAUUUUGUUGAGUGUUUGGUUGCCAUGGUAGAUCCUGUUCGUUCUGUGGACUUUGUAUGUCGUGGAGGUAAGGCAACAGAAGCAGAAUGUGUUUCCCUGCUUGACACUGUCAUGUCUCUUUGGAGAGAUAUGUUAGACAGAUACAGUCCAGGUACUGAAUAUCAAACUGAAUAUCUGAGCAGAAAGCAUUUGGAAGAAUACAAAGAACUGAAACAAGUUGCUGCUUUCUCUCAGAAGAAAAUUGAAGAAGCUAAAGCAACAGGAAUAGGAGCACAUGCCAUUGUAACACAGAUAGUCGGUGAUAAGGAGAUAGUAGAAACUCUAGGGGAGUUGCUGGUUCAUGCUCCUUCCGAGCAGACUGUCUUGGUAAAAUUGAGUGAGGUUACAAAAGCUGUUAUUGCUGAAGGUUCAGCUCAAUGGUAUUCAUUUGGAGUAAUGCUAGGUUUUAGUCACAGUCAUAUUGACACCUUGUGUCAUGACAAAGUGACUUUUGCAGAUAAACUGUUUGCAAUGAUCCACGUGAAGACUGAACAAGUUGGCCCUUUGCAUAUUGAUGAUCUCCUUUUAGAAGCAUGUGGACAUUUGCCAAAUCCAAUUGAUGGUGUGGUCAAGGAAAAACUUGGAAUUUUACAACAGUGACAAUAUUUUUAUAAAUAAGUUUUAUUGAUUAACACUAUUGUUUCUAGUAUUGGCCAAAGUUUAGCUAUGUGCUGCUUGUCAGUGUGUAUAUAAUAGUGAUAAGCUAUAGCAGUAUUUUAGUGUUGUCUUUUUGGUGAUUGUUGGCAAUUUUGUUUUGUUAAAACUA